ACACGGUGCCCGCAGUGAGCAGAUCGCUGAAAUUGCUGCUCAGCUGCAGGCGGCGGUCGUAGCCUGCAAUGAGCGAUGCCUGUACUUCGCGGCGAAAUGGUCGGCAGAGCUCUUGAACUCGCUCGCCAGGUUCCCGGAGUCGGACGAGACGUCCGAUGCAGAGCCCGAUGAAGACCACUCAGUCCAGAACGCGCAGCCAGCGAACCGUGAUGCUCGAGACGCUCGGCGAGAGCGGAAAGAGCUUCCGCGCUAUCUCAUGGCCAAGUCUUUCUUCGACUGUCGGGAGUAUGAUCGAUGUGCCGAAGUCUUCCUCCCUGGCCAGCUUCCUCACAGCACUCCAUCAUACCAUGCGGCCUCUCCGACUAAGCUGCAAGCGACGCCUAAGCAGCCCCACUCUGUCCCAGCACGGUCGGUCCCGUCACGGCAACAGUCACUCAAGCAUCAACCUCCGCCCGUGCCCACGAACUUGAGCCAGAAGUCCUUGUUUCUGGGUCUCUAUGCAAAGUAUCUCUCGGGCGAGAAGCGCAAGAACGAGGACUCCGAAGCAAUUCUUGGACCUCACGAUGGACCUUCGACCGCUAACAAGGAAGUCUCCAGCAUCGCCGCUAUCCUCGAAGAGUACUUUGCUGCUCGUGGCGGCCUCGAGGAGACGGGCAAUUCGCAAGGCUGGCUGGACUAUCUGUAUGGCAUCAUCUUGAUCAAGUCCAAGUCUGAGGAUCUUGCCAAGCAGUGGCUGCUUCGAAGCGUCAACAUCAAUCCUUUCAACUGGUCGGCGUGGCUUGAACUGGCCUCACUGGUGGAAAAUGAGGAGAUUUUGCACCAGCUCAACCAGCAUGUGCCCCGAAACAUCAUGUCAUUUUUCUUCACCAUCCAUUGCAAGCAGGAGCUCUUCGUCCAAGACGAUGAUACCUACCGUAUGCUGGCCCAGAUGCAGGAAAUAUUCCCGCAUUCACCCUGGCUCCAGCAGCAGAAGGCCUUGCUUCACUAUCACGCAAAGGACUACCAUGCCGCAGCCGAGCUUUUCGAUCAUCUACUGCGACGUCAUCCACAUCGCCUGGACAGUAUGGAGAUUUACAGCAAUCUUCUAUACAUUCUCCCUAAUCGUCCAAAGCUUGCAACGCUAGCAGCUAUGGCAAGUGACACGGACAAAUUUCGACCCGAAACGAACUGCAUUCUGGGAAACUACUACAGUUUAAUCGCCGAGCACGAGAAGGCAGUCCUUCACUUUCGACGUGCUCUGGCCUUGGAUCGCAAUUUCCAGACGGCAUGGACGUUAAUGGGUCACGAAUACAUCGAGCUCAAAAAUCACCAGGCGGCUAUCGAAUCAUAUCGUCGUGCUGUGGACAUCAAUCGUAAAGACUAUCGAGCAUGGUAUGGACUCGGACAGGGCUACGAGAUGCUCGAAUGCUGGAGCUAUAGCUUGUUCUACUAUCAGCGAGCUGCUGCACUGUAUGGCGCCGACCCAAAGAUGUGGUCCGCAGUUGGCCAUGCUUACAGCAGAUGCGGCAAGAACGCGAACGCCAUCCAAGCACUGAAACGUGCUCUCAUCGCCGGGAGCCAGAUCGAUCCAAGUGCGAGCUUCGGUAGUACGGGAUCAGACCCAUUGGCACUUGCAGUUGGAGGGGCUCUUGAUUGCGGCAUUCUGUACGACAUUGCUCUUCUAUACGAGAAGGAAAGCAAUUGGGAAGAGGCUGCAGCAUUCAUGGAGCUCUGUCUAGCGCAAGAGGAGGGCGCCGAGGAGGGCGAAGAGGGCAUCGGCGUUACUCAGGUCACCAGUCGAGCACGUCUCUGGCUGGCAAGAUGGGGCUUCAGCUGUGGCGACUGGCCUCGUGUGAUGGAGUUGGCCAACGAGCUUCAGCAGGACGGAGUCGAAGUGGAGGAAGCCAAAGGACUGCUUAGAGACGCGCGCGGAAGG